UGUUUGCCUAGUCCGAGACCCAACACAUCCAUACGGCAGCCAAAUCUCUCCAGACCGUCCAGUUUUUCAUUGGCUCGUCCUUCCUCCCCCCUUUCACAUUCUGUCCAUCCACAGUCCAACCCUGGCACCCGGAACUAUUCCGUCGAAAGGGGAGGAAGACUUUCUGACCCUGGCCGCCUCUCGACUCAGCCACAGGAAGCGUGUCAUCGGAGCCGGCGUGGGCGUGGUCAUGGUCCUACUCCUACUGAUCGCCAUCCCCCUAUUGGUCCACACCACCAAAGGGGGAGGGGCUAACCCUGGGAUUGGCAGCAGCGAGACCCAUUAUGAGAUGCUGGGGAGCUGCAGAAUGGUCUGUGACCCGUACAGUACCGCACAACCGGGCCAGGAGCCGACCGCCGCGUCCCCCCAGCCAGACUACCCUGGACGGAAGAAAACGGGGUACCGCGGCCCACCCGGGAUCUCUGGUCCUCCAGGCCCCCGGGGACCCCCCGGGGAGCCCGGCAAACCAGGUCCACAGGGCCCCCCAGGCCCUGGACCCAACGGCUACGUCCCUUCCUUCUACAGCCCCAAGAUCGCCUUCUAUGCCGGGCUGAGGAAGCAGCACGAGGGGAGCGAGGUGUUGAGGUUUGACGAUGUGGUCACCAAUGUGGGGAACUACUACGAGCCCAGUACGGGCAAGUUCACCUGUCCCCUGCCUGGGAUCUACUUCUUCACCUACCACGUCUUGAUGAGGGGCGGGGACGGUACCAGCAUGUGGGCUGACCUGAAGAAAAAUGGACAGGUGAGGGCCAGCGCCAUAGCCCAGGAUGCAGACCAGAACUACGACUACGCUUCCAACAGCGUCAUCCUGCACCUGGACGUCGGGGACGAGGUGUGUGUCCAGCUGGACGGGGGGAAGGUCCAUGGAGGAAACACCAACAAAUACAGCACCUUCUCUGGGUUCCUGAUCUACACUGACUGACCCCGACCAACCCCACCGCCACGACCGUCUCUGGAACUGGCAGGACAGGCUGUAGGCGGUUUUGGCUAGUUGGGAUGUCGGAAUGGACCCUCGUUAGAAGUUUAAAACAUAGCAGCAGGUUUGAAGAAUUAACGUAACAGGUCAGUACAAUUAGGGGAAAAAAACAUUAGGGUUUAACCUUAAACGCAAAUCAAAUCCACUUUCGACAUCAAUUUGCCACUGGCGGCCAUCCCUUCUAGACAUCACCGCUGGGGGCUGACUGGAGGAGCUGAAUGCAAAGCAGCAGUCAGAUGCGCGCACACGCACGCACACGCACACACCCUACUGAUGCUCAUUCUCACUUUUUCUCAGUUUCACUGACUGACUCUCUCACACACACACACACACACAACAGGAAACUGAGGUCAGGUUGUGGAUCGACUGAUAGUGUGGUUUUUGAAGUGUUUCAUGGGAGUUUUGACUGAGUGUCAACUUCUCCCCCGCUUGUGUGGAAACACGAACAUUUGAACGUGAAUGUUGUAGGUAUUAUAAAGGGUUGCAUGACAAUAUAUAGCAUACUGUAUUCCAUAGAUCAUGUUUACUUUUACUGAGUUUACUUACAGCUAAAUCAAGACCAUUGGUCCUACCCAUUAAGAGAGGGACCAGAGGUUGUAAAUGUGUGAAAUAAAUGAUUGGGUUGAACCAAGCAGAUAAAGCCAAAUCAUUAGCAACAGGAGCCAACUCACAUCUCUUAGCUGUUGAACUUCAUUAUUUUCUAACCCCGGUCAGUCCACAAACAACUGUAUUUGUCCCAAAAUGAUCCCCCAGAUGUUUUCUACAUAAAAGCCCCCCCCCACUUCAAAAUGAAAAAAAAAAAACUGCGGGUUCAAGGUGCAGUAUGGAAGUGUGUGUAGUGAACUUUGAAUCAAUUGUUUCCCAACCCCUCGUCUGUGUCACCUUUUAAGAGUGUGUGUGAGGAUAUGAGAAACAGACAGUAUGCAGAAUUUGCCCGCAGUUGCACUUCGGUACCAUUGAAGAAUCCCAUGUUGUCUUGCAUUGUGAAUUGAACUGUACAACCAUGACCAUCGCUCACACCCAUUCAACAGCUUGAACUACAUAUUAAAUCUGCAGUGUGAAUGAGUGUGGUGUCAGCCUGCUGACCUGGAGUCUAAGCGCACAGGUGUCAAACCCGUUCCACUGAGUAACACCCAUCUGCAGGUGGUCACUGUCACCUGAUUAAUUAGGUCACUAAUUAGUCAGGAUCUCCUUUCAUCGGGGUUGAUCUUCAUUAAGCACUGGUCGAGAGGGAAAAAACUAAAACCAGCACACGCUAGGCCCUCAGUGGCAUCAGUCUGACACCUGUGGUCUCAAGGCGUUUGCUCCGGGAGCUGAGGUCGACUGUCUUAUGUAGAACCGUACCGUGUAGAACCGUACACCACAUGACAAUAUGCUACCUACAAGAUACAGCGAUGCCGUUGAUUAAAAUACCCGUUACAACAGUGUUGUCACCAUUACUACAUCAUUCAGGUGACGUCCCUUGGCUCAAUGACUGAAUCCUAAUGCAUCUUAUACCGUUUAACCUGAAUAAGUAUAUAUAGCACACGUUGUUAAUGUAAGGACCCUACUUGUGCAAUGCAACUGAUCUUACGAUGGGGGUGACAGGCCAUUUCAGGUUUAGUCUUCCCAGCUAUCUGGCACACUAUUUCCUAUGUAGUGUACUAUGGGGGCCAAAGACAGUAGGAUGCUGCUUAGGACUCAACCUAGACCUAAGAGUGCGGAGCUUCCUAGGAUGAGGGCUUGAACCCAAUCAGCGCUGAUGUAACCGUAACUCAGAGCAACCGUUAAUGGACUUCCAAUUGGCGUAGUGUAGAACAUUCUUUUAUAAGGAACUUAAAUACAUUGAUUCAUGUCAUGAAUCAUACACUUAAGCCCCCAAACAUCCCCUUAAUGUACAUGUACAAACAGGAUUAUAGUUUUAUGCACUUGACUGUAUGUCCAAAGUGUACCCCCAGUGUUGAUUUGUCGCUAGAUGGUAGGUCUAUGUCGAAAGUGAAUGGUUAAUUAAAAACAGCAUGCCAGUUAAUUAUAUUGGAAGGGAUAAAGUGUGAUCUUUAUUUCGGUUGGAAUAACAAGUGAAUGUCAAUAGCAAGAUUGGUCAGGGUUGAAAUGUACACCAUUAUAUGGCGUUUAUUGAACUGGUUUUCUAUCAAUAGUCAACCCCAUGAAACAGUCACUUUAAAUCAAUACUAAGCCUCAUAAUGAAGGGCAAUUAGAAGUUAAAUGUUCAUGAAUUAUAUGCAUGGAGAAUUUACCUCACACCAUAAUUUUGCACACUGUAAAUAGUGUUAAUGCAGCAAUUUAAUCGAGAUCCUCAAUUUAGCUUUAAAAUGACAAACAUCCUGACUGGCUUCAAUGAUCGAUCUUCCAUUCUCCAGCUAAGGGAUCAAUAGUCACUGCAAUAUAGCAAUUGUGGACAAUGACACAUCAAUCUCUGGGAUGUCCUAUCACCAUUUCUCACAGAUACUUAGCACCAACCUUACAUGUGAAAAUGUUGUGUAUGUUGAAUCUAGUCUUUUCCAUCUCCUAUAAAUAUUUAGCCAUCCAGAGGGAGAUAUCAUUUACUUAUCAAAAGGCAGUUCGAUUUGUUCCAAAAUAGUACCUGUAUCAGAAACCAGGUGAGGGAGUUCUUUGUUUACAGGAGAGUUAGUGGCUUUCCAGAUGUUUUUCGAUAAAUCUGUUCGUGUGAGGGUGCUCUGUGUAUGUGUUGGAGCAAGAGGGAAAGGAGGGGGAAAGAGCCCCCUCCCUCACUGGCUCUCUCCAGCAGUUGAGGCAGAUAGAUUCCAGUGCAAAGUUAAUUGGCGGAGGAGAGGGCGUGAGGCAGGUUGCGAGGAGGUCAUUAGAGAUUCCCCUGUCGAAUGCAAAGCCACAAGGAUCACACACUCACAAAUAGCAGGAUUAAAAUAAUCAAUACACUUCCAUCCAACACAAACACACCCACAGUAAUUAGUGGAAAACCUAUUCACCACUUGGCUAUAAAACCAAAAAUGUCUCACACGAACGCGCUCGCUCGCACACGCGCACAUCCCCCUCUGGUAGUAACUGAUGAGAGGAAAUAGAUGCGACUGGUUGAGGAGAAUAAGGAAAAGGUCAGGUAGCUCUAGUGUGGUUAGGAAUCCGUCUCAACGGCACACUGAAAAUCAUAAUAUAGCCCGAGUGUUCUUCUAGAACCUUAUCAAACAAUCCAAGUUCUAAUUCAGAACACGGUCAUACACUGUCGUAGUUUAAUUUUCUAAUCCAGCAUACUGGGUCACACUGAAUGUAGAAUCUCAAUGCAAAGAUGAUUUAAAAAUUCCGUUAUCGGUCACAACAAAACUGUGACAAUAGAAAAAAAAUUGUUGAAAACAAAUCUCGUUAUUUACAGCAUGCCUUUGCCUGGAGUGAAGUCAUAAUCUAAAACUAUUAAAUAAAAAGCAGACUGUUAAAAUGGUUUAAUUGUGGUUACUGCUUAUUCUUCACUAAACAUACAGCACCAGUUACUUGGAUGUGUUGAAUAUGAGUUGUCUUUAGGGCUCAAUAGACACAGCACUGCCAUCCUGUGUCGAAUUAAUGAAAUGCAAUUUUUAAAAAAAGCAGUUAAUGAGAUCUUAAUUUUCAAGCAACAUUUGCAAAA